AGGACUGGGCGGCACAACGUGUAGCCCAGGGACGCCAACAAUCCUCAUUGAUCACAUGCAAAAACCGAUAGAUAUAGUCUUUAAACUCAGUAAACUACUGUGCAUCAUUCAAUCAGUAGGCUCUAGUCCUAGCCAUGCACAAAAUCUAACGUUUCGACACCACCAGUAUUUUCGAAAACAAAAAUUUGUUGAGUUCCCAGUAAAGUAUCAGUCGACCCCUUCUUUCAGCAACCAGAUGGCCGGCAUCGUUUUGGGCGGUAUGGCGGCCUGUCGCCGAACCACUCACUAUCUCGGACUACUCCGCAUCUGCUUCCGCCCCCUCGGUCUGAAUCCAGCCUUGGAACCACUACACCAGCGACGCUGCCGGCACACCUCGGAGUCCGAGAAUUCCGGCGGUAAGAAGCCCACACCGGUGCCCCAGAGCUUGGACCAAAGUAAAGGACCGGCCGAGAGUGGAUUGGAGAUUACAGCAGCGCCGCCCAAUCCUUCGGAGGUUCCUGGAGAACGCCGACCAGAGUCGCCCUACGAGGUCAGGCCCGAGCUGCCAAUUGAGGUUCAGCCAAAUCGAUCCAAUCCCUCGCCCAAAGAAGUGAAGCCACCAAAUCCGCACACUAUCAUCUGCAACUCGGACAAAAAUGAAACCUGCGGAGGCAAAGGUGUUGAGCCUGGUGAUCCUGUUAAUAUUACGGAAACUAAAGAUUUUAUGCCAAAACUUGACUCACAAGCUUCGACUGCAGUGGAAUUUAUGAAUAACUCCUCACCCCCCAUUCAAUCUAUAAAUUUAUCUUCCACGGAAUCAAAAGAUAAUCCUAAAAUAGAUAACUUAUUCACAAUUGAGUCCGAGCUAAAGGCCCUGGAAGCAUCCAUAUCUGAUUUCAUUGAUCAGCCUAACCAUCAAACUAUGUCUCCGAUUACUGCUGAGAUUAAAUCGAUGGACUCGACUUCAAAUGGAUCAGAAACUGAAAGCGGUUCAACAAAGUCAAUAGAUAUGCCCUUUCAAACAUCUUUUGUGAUUCCAUCUGGUUUAAAGCAUCAAAAAUUGACCCCAGCUGAACAAAAAGAUAAGACCAUAUCUCAAAUCACCACUUCGACAAAAUCCCAGCCCUCAACUGAAGAUGAAUGCAAAAAAAUUGGCACAACACAACACGGCUUGAGUGCAAAGUCUCAAACUUCUACCAAAAUCGAAGAUAGCUCUAAGCUCCAAGUUAAAAAUGUGUAUAGCAAAAAGGGCUUGGAUUCCAAACAAAGAGAGGAUUCUAAGCCAUUUCAUUCAAGUGUGAGUUCAUUACCCGAACCCCAAUCAAAGAAGGCAAGUUCUCAAGCCCUGGCACAAUCCAUCACCUCGGCGGACAAAAUAGAACAAAGUCCUGAGCUUAAAACUAGUGAAUCCCAAACUCCUAAAGAAGGCCAGAAUUCCAGUUUUAAUGUGCCUGGGGAGUGCAAGGGACCGGGGAUCGAAGGCAGUUCCGAGACACUCAUUCACAGCAGUGCAGAAUUUAGUCGGAUUCUAGAUAAGGCUCACGAAAAAAGGUUCGAAACGGUCAAGGAAAAUGCGGUUGAUAUGGAGGUGAUCCAGAAGUGGGUGGAAAACUUUAAGUUGGCGGAGAAAAAGGCUGACUCUGCCCUCGUGAAUAAAAGCUCAGAAGGAAACUCGGCGCUCUGCGAGGGUAAUAAAGACAAGCCAGCCUAUAUCAAAGAAUCUUUGGUGAAGGAAAAUAUUAAAUGCGUGCCUAAGGACACAACAUCUUCGGAUACUGUCUUAUCCCCCUCUGGUCAGGAUUUUACUACAACAAAGACCACUAAGACCAGCACUCAAACGACACUGCCACUGAAAAUCGUGGCCAAGCAUGAAGCUCCAACCGAGUUCAAGAAAACAUUCAAACCUAUACCUUCCUCCCAGCUUAAGUCGAACAAGGAUACAGACUUUAAAGCAUCGGGUGAAACAACUAAGCCCAUAGAAUUUAUUCUUAGUCAGCCUCCUGCAACUAGCAAUGCGGAAUCUAACCCCAUUAAAUCAAGUGCCAUGUUUGUGACAGAGCCCAACAAGAUCGUUUCCAUUGCCCACGAGAAAACUAAAAACCAGUCCACAGAUGAAAUAGUGGCAAUGUUUAAGGACGACAGCGAUGGUGAUCAGACCAGUAUUGAAGAAGGCAGAGUCAGAGAAUUGUUCGAGACGCUAGAUAGAUUUACUGAUCCGAGUCCUUCGUGGACUUUGCCAGAGUUCUCUACAGCUACACGUAUUGAAAGGGCACACCUUGAUGAAACAGACUCGGAAAACAAAACUGACAAUCACUUCAAAAAACUUGGCGACUUAGACUCAGCCAUCCGAGAAGAGAAGGAAACAAAAAUGCCGAAUACUGAAGACAAACCCAACGACAAUAUUUUUGCAAAGCUUAGUAACAUGGAUUCAACCAUCCGAGAGGAGAGCAGAGACGGGUCUGAGAAGAGCGAAAAGGAGGGUGAAAUGAAUGCCGAUCAAGCAAGUUUUGACUUAGCCCAGAAGAUUUCGUCCUUUGUAAAGUCUGCCGGGGAAAGUGGCACUAGCACAGACGCCACUCAAAACGCACGAAGAUUAAAUAAAAUAAAGUCAAAGGCCAAAAGCAAAAACAAUACGACAUCGGAGCUAACACCUGGCGAUCUCUACGAUCCAAUUUCUGAUGAGGUUUCCGCCGUACCCCCGCUGGAAAAAGGCAAGACAGAGAUUGAAGAAAACGAGGACUCCAAUCCCGGCUUAGAGGCUCCAGAGGUCAAGCAUAAAAAGGAGGAGGCCCAAGUCAAGGCACCCACGGCAACGGAUGAAACUAGGACCAAUGUUGAUAAAAAAGCUGCGGUUGAUGAAAAUCUAUCGAGAAAGGACAAACCCCAGCUGAAAGAAGGGGAGCUGUCCUUGAAGUUGCUGGACAAGGUUACGGGGGAGAUGCCAGCGACGACGGAGAUGCCAGGAACGACAAAGGCACCAGCCGAGAAGAGCCUCCUCCAACACAUCUUCGACAAGAUCUUGGGCAGAGGCAAGGGCAACGAGGGCAAGCGCCAGAUGUCCUCAUACACGGGUCGACGUCACCUGAGCACCAGCUCCAUGGCUGCAAUCUCCCUAAGAAGUUCUCCUGGUGAAUCCCACUCCAGGAGUUGGGAUAGGACACUCGUUCGGCGGGGAUCUACCAACAAUUUGAAUGCAGUCUUUCAAGGGGAAACUCCUGUAAUUGUUGGUCCGCAACAAUCUCUUAUAGAAACGCCCACAUUUGAGCUAUUCGCCAAGAAUAAGAAUGAUGACACCGAGAUAAAGGGAGGCUCUCCCGAGUGCUCCUCGCCCAAAAAGACGCCGCGUGACCUUCUCCGCGAGAAGCAGCAGACCAGGAAGAUCAAGAUCCUUGGCGGAUCCGAGGAGUGCGCCAAGAAGAUGAAACGGCUAGAGGAGCUCACGAGGAAAAAGGACGACGAUGACUGCGAGCGGGGACACUUCUCCAACAGCCUAUCGAAGUUUUUCCACCAGCUCUGGUUUUCUAUAAUUCCAGAUGCGGCGAACAACUCAAGCAAAGUGAAAUAAUCUGCAAAUCGAGCUGUCAUGCACACGAAGAUGUCGAUCUGAAUCUAACUGGAUAUUAGACUGAAAUUUAGAGUUUCUUUGAAUUAUUUGCCCACAUGAAGGGGUCGAUCUGAUAGCUUUCUGGAAAAAAAAUAAUAUAGCUUAUUGUCUGGAUCUGGACAAAUCAAAAGGGAUCAACUUAUAUUAUAUAUUACGAUUUAACUUAUGUUAUUUUAACGUAAUAAAUUUAUUCAUGGAACAAUUCAA